CAUUCCAAUCCAAAAAUACUUCACUUGAUUGAAUUUCGAAAGACCGCUCAUAAAAUACAAAUCAAAUAAGAACAGUGACUUGCGUAACAAUAUUUGAUUUGCUCCGAACUUCUAUCACACUUUAUUCUGAACUACGCACCGCAAAGAUCAUGCUCGCACUAACGUUUGUACUAGCGGCGAGCUCGCUCGUCAGCGCGCGAGACUACCGGCUCCGAGCGCCGCCGAGCGUGUCCCACUCCAUCGUGAACCUCGGCAAGAUGGAGUUCAACGUCUACAUGAAUCCUAAAACUGGAGUUCCAGAGUUUCUAAAUCCCGAGUACGAAGCGAUACACGAUACUAAACCCAUGCACACUAUUCGAUCAGAACCCGCAGAGUGUCCUUGCCAGCAGAGUCGUAUUCGAGGCAGAACCCAAGAUGUGCACAGCCCACACGACAUGCUCAGCAAAAUUCUAAUGAACAACGACCUGUUCUCAUUCAAAGACAACAUGAACUCGCCCCUCUGUUGUUCGUCACUUGAGCAAAUCCAAGAGGAAUUCUUUGUCGAAAUUAACCCCAAAGUAGGACCACAACCUCUUCCCCUACGCCAGGGUAUGCCACUCAUCCCACACGGAGCACCAAUAAUACAGAGUAUCCCGCCAAUGCCAGUCAUACCAUUUGAUAAGGCCUACCCAAAAUCGAUGCAAUAUCUGCCAAUGAUAUUUGAUACCCUUUACCCAAACAAAGGUCCGCUAAGACCUAAUUCUAAGACGCUUGAAAUUAUUCUGCUCCCAACGAGAAAACCAACAACCAAAGCAGCACCAAAGAAAAUACAAAAACCAACAGAAACAGAGAUUCAAAUAGUUGGAGACAAGAAGACAACUAUGGUGUAUGACUUAAUAGCAGCAAAUUCUUCCGUGAAGAAGGAUCUAAAGCAAGAAAUCGGGGAGCACUUGAAGAACAUGGAUGCCGUGGUUGAUACUGAUAAAACUACUAGUGCUAUCCAAAGCAACACACUUUAAAUUUAAAAUGUUGCUAAAACGUUUGAUUUUUAUUAAAUUAUAUUACUUUGAAAGUAAA